UGACAUUAGGUCCGGGUUUUACCUCAGCUUUCUUUAUUCUACCCUACCUCCCCGUUUCUUUCCCUGUUUAAUGCGCCCCAGCCAGCCGUAUGUGUCUAUUUAUUUAUUUAUGCUUUCUGUCUCACACUAUUUAGUUGUUUUGUUUUAAGUUUUAGACGUUCCUCCAAUGAGAAGGCGUAAAAGAUGGAGCUUCAUAUUUUAGAGCACAGCUUGAAAGUGGCGAGUAUAGAGAAAGAGGGGAUCGAGAUUUGCACCCAUGGAUUAAUAAAACUCGCCUUCCUGGCCUCCAAAACAAGAUGCAAGUUCUUCAGUUUGACGGAGACUCCAGAGGACUACACCAUCAUCGUGGACGAGGAAGGAUUUAAAGAGCUGCCUCAGUCAAAUCUCAUCAGUGUUGCCGAUUCAACAUGGCUGGCGCUCAAUGUGGUUUCCGGCGGCGGCAGCGCUUCCAGCUCGCAGCCCAUCGGCGUCACCAAAAUCGCCAAAUCAGUCAUAGCGCCACUGGCCGACCACAACAUCUCUGUUUUCAUGGUAUCAACGUAUCAGACCGACUUCAUCCUGGUCCGAGAGCGCGACCUGCCGAUGGUCAUGCACACUCUGUCUUCCGAGUUCACGCUGUUCCGGGUUGUCAAUGGAGAAACCGUCGCCGCACACAAUCUGGGAAUCUCCAACGGAUUUGUGAAGCCCAAACUUGUGCCCCGCCCCAUCAUUCACCCUCUCUCCAGCCCCAGCAACAUGUUCUGUGUGACCAGCCUGGACCCAGACACGCUGCCCUCCGUCGCCACGCUGCUCAUGGAUGUCAUGUUCUACUCUGGAGGGUCAAAAGAGGUCGGGGCGUCUGGCGAGGAUUCCAGUCACAUCCGCUUCUUCUCCUUCUCGCUGAUCGAGGGCUACAUCUCGCUGGUCAUGGACGAGCAGACAGCUCAGAGGUUUCCAAACAACGUUCUCUUCACCAGCGCCUCUGGUGAGCUCUGGAAAAUGGUUCGAAUUGGAGGACAACCUUUAGGCUUUGAUGAAUGCGGCAUCGUGGCUCAAAUAUCAGAACCUCUGGCAACAGCUGACAUUCCUGCUUACUACAUUAGUACCUUCAAGUUUGACCACGCUCUGGUCCCGGAGGAGAACAUCCAAAGUGUGAUCAGAGCUCUGCGGACCGAGAGCACAGCGCAGUGAACGAACGACCUUGUUUUUGUUUAGGUUUUUUUUUCUUUUCUUUUCUUUUUUCCAGUCAUUUUGUUCAAACAUUUAUCAUUGCCCAAAAAGUGCCAAGAGUGUGUUGGUGGGUUGCUGUGGAUCAGCUCAGAGAAGAAGGAGGCUUCUGCUGCCAUCACUGUUGUUUUUCUCCCUGGAGCCCCCUGCUGGCCGCCGGCCGCCACUGCUUUAGUUUGCUACACUUGAUGUCUUUUUACCUCUAAAAGCUGCUUCCUCCCACCAGCACCAUACUGUAAAACCUACUUCAAUCCUCUCAAGGAAGAAUAACGAAUGUACUCCAAAUCAAAGAAAUAUUCAGUAAGCUCUCCAUCUCUUCCUCCCCCCCGUCGUUUUGUCAGUGCCAAUGUGCUUGAACGCCGAACCCGAUGCCUUGUCUGACUGCUGCACGUUUGCAGUGAAGGAGGCGGUUUCAUUGUUACACUUGUGAUUUUAUCUUUUACUCCAUGUUAAACUGAACCAGCAAUGACCUGACCCAGUCCUCCACACCUUAUGGUUAUUAUGGGAAGUCUGGUCUGGCGACGCAUGAAGGAAAUCAUAAGAUGAGCUUUUGGAUGUUUGGUGAAUUCACACUGUGAGCAGCCUGGCUGAUUUUAGAACUGUGACUCAAUUCACUUUUUUUUUUUCUAUCUUGAAUAUAGCAUUAAUUACUCUUCAUUAUCUAAUAAAUCAAUACUUCAAUCAUUCAGACUGAUUUUAAAAUUGGAACCUCAAAGAUUUGGGUUCAGGUUUAUACACUUUGAAGACACUCCAUCAUCUUUGCACUGUUAUUGUUUAGUGUUGACAGGUCAGCUUUACGACCUGCAACAUAAAAUAUUUUACAAAGUUCCUCUGUAGAACCCAUUGUUCCUAAGACAACAGCGCUUAACUCCCAGCAGUCCUGCACUUCAUCACGUGACCCAACGUCGACCUUUCCAGAAACGUAAGAUGGAAAUAAAAAUCAUGUUUGAACAUCAACCCAGUUUUAUCGGACUGAUGCCAAUAUGUUAAAAAAAAAAAAAAAAAAGACAAAUUACUUCACCAGAAUAAAUUUACAGCAGUGAAACGUUCAGUUAACUGAACACAGUCCACUGAUUGGACGACAGAAAAACAUCACAGCGUGAUGCUGCGCUCGGCGUUUGGGUUCAACUCUACCGGCUCAGUCCAACACAUAUUGGACCAGAACAUAUCAACCAGUACUGUGGAACUGAGGCAAUAUUAAAUAUUAGUUAGCUGGCUUGCUAGCUUAGCAUUCCCUUAGCCAGUCUGGAAAAAAUGAAUCGCCGUAAUGUUUCUGCUGGUUACCAUAUGACGACAAAAUUAUUAUUGUGGGUCAUAUGUUAUUAAAUAUUUAAUUUGUGGCUAUUUUGCUCAGGAGAGAUCUCAUUGAAAAAAAAAAACAUGGAAGGAAAAACUGAGUAGCAUGAGCACUAAUGCUCUAUGAAGGAGCGUCAGCACUGGUUUAGAAAAUACCAAAAUAUAGCAAUAAGAACCUUUUCUGAUUUAUCUGAUAAAGUUCUGGUUUUAGUGAACAGGGAGAGAAUUGGGCUCAACACCUUCAGUUCUGAGCCAUGAAGCAUCUGAAACAAACCAAAAUGUUUCUUUCUUCAUUUCUUGUAACUAAAAUCUGAGCUUUCAGUGAUGCUUUGCAAAAGCUUAAAUCAACAUUUUCAUCAGAAACGGCUGGAAACUCGGCAACUUUUCCCUUCCUGUCAGGUUUUAUUGUUGCAGAAUAAAUCCUUCACAGAUUAAUGCUUAAGGCAUUGCACGAUAAUCUUUAAAAGCUCUUUUUGAUUUAAAAAUGACUUAAAACAAUUUAAUAAGUAAAUGAUGUGCUGUUUAUCCAGUCAAACCAGGUUUAAAACUCCAGUUGAUCCUUUUUUAGUUGUACACUGCAUUUGAAAAAUCCUCCAGUUAUUAUGGAGGGUUUACAGAAGAUGAUUAGAGCCACUGAAUAAAACAGCACUUCAAAUUUAAUCUCAGAAUUUAGACUUUUUUUCUGAAUCCAUUCUUUGAAUUCUAAUUCUGCGUCAAAAUAUAAAAGUAAUCGCUUCUUCCUAGUUUUAGAAUUGUAAAUGUUAUCCACACUAGAAGCCUAGACCUAGAUUUGAGUUCCAUGACGAGAUUUGGAUGAAAUUGUGCACAAACAAUUCUGAGAAAAAAAUAGCAAAAAAGCUACAAUUCUGAGAUUAAAGUCAGGAUUCUUUUUUUAGCGUCUCUGUUUCACCUCAGAACCGGCCAAUAGAAAGCUGCUCUCUGCCAUGUUUUUCUGACGCCGGCGUUGCUCACAGUGUGACGCCGCAGUGAGACUUGAUGAAUGAUGAUCUGCAGUCGUAAUAAAUUACUGAGCCACUUUGAAAAUGUGCUGAACAUAAGCUACGGUUCACAGGGGGAAGGAAGGUUCCUCUCCGACCCCUGGUGUCCAUUUAGGUCUUGAAGCCGCCUCCCCCUCCGGCUCCAGUCUGCACUUUAACACAGGUCCUCCCCCCUCACUGCCCCCUCUUCCCCACACCCUCCCCCCUCCCCCCACUGACCUGCUGUACCGAUGUGAAACCAGAGAGGACUUCUCGCUUCACAAUGAUUUUAUCCACGUGGAAGAAGUCGUGACGAUGUUCCCUCUGGCCUUCAGCCUCUGAUCAGAUUAGUAGAAAUCAUGUCUAUCAGUGUUAAAACUCCAGGAAGGUAACUUUUGUUUUUCUGAUUGCAUUUCAAAGAAACAUGUUAAAAGCUUUUCAUUUGGAGCUUCUCGUGUGAAAACAAAAUAAAUGAGCUGUUUUUUUUUUU